GGGAUUCACAAUUAGAUAUCGCAUUUCCAAGAGGAAGUUUCAGGGAGAAGCAAGAUGGAGAGAUCAAAGGCUCUCCUGCUGGUGGCGAUCGCGGCGGCGGUGGCCGGCCUUGCCAGCGCCAACUUCCGGGACGACUGCGACAUCCCGUGGGAGCCCCAGAACGCAAGGUUCACCGGCGACGGCAACGGCCUCUCGCUCUCGCUCGUCAGCAACUACUCUGGCUGCAUGCUCCGGACAAAGAAGCAGUUCAUCUACGGGACCGUGUCCACGCUCAUCCAGCUCAUCCCAGGCAACUCGGCCGGCACUGUCACCACAUACUACGCAUCCUCCGUUGGAGACAACCACGACGAGAUCGACUUCGAGUUCCUGGGCAACGAGACCAGCCAGCCCUACACCUUCCACACCAACGUCUACGCCGACGGCAUCGGCAACAAGGAGAUGCAAUUCAAGCCCUGGUUCGACCCCACCGAUGGCUACCACAACUACACCAUCUCAUGGAGCCCCUGCAUGAUCGUCUGGUACGUUGACAGCGUCCCCAUCAGGGUGUUCCGCAACUACCAGGCGAGCAACGGCGUGGCGUACCCGACGAGCCGGCCGAUGUACGCCUACUCCAGCAUCUGGGCGGCGGAGGACUGGGCCACGCAGGGCGGCCGCGUCAAGACCGACUGGUCCAAGGCGCCGUUCGUCGCCAACUACCAGAACAUCCACCUCGACAUCUGCGAGUGCUACAGCUACGGCGGCUGCGCCACAGAUUGCCCGGCGGCCGCAGCGGCGUACGGCGGCCGGUGCCGGCUGAGUGACGCGGAGCUGGGGCAGAUGCAGUGGGUGCAGAACAACUACAGGAUCUACGACUACUGCGUCGACUACAAGCGGUGGAACAACGGUCAGCAGCCCGUCGAGUGCGGCCUGCAGCAGUACUGACCCAGUCGUUGGCUUCUCAUAUAUCUUGUCUACGGGGCCAAAUGGGUGCCAUGGCCUGCUACUAUAAUCUUUUUUUUACCGAUGACCGGAUUAAGACUUAAUUUGAUGAUUGUUAACUUUUUUUCACACAUAUCUUGUAAUUUUUGUUUCGAACAUCGUAUAUAUAUACAAUCAUAUUUGG